AAUGUUAAACUGAAACCCUAACUAUAAAAAUUCGAUCGCUAAAUCUGUAGGCCAGUCGAGCAGCUCAUUCAAGAUCAAUCAGGCAAACCUCUUAUAAGCCCUAACUUGAAUUUACUUACUCUCUGUUUCACUAACAGCCAUGUCAAAGAAGAAAGCCAGAGAGCCUAAGGAGGAAAAUAUUACACUUGGACCAGCUGUACGAGACGGGGAGCAUGUAUUUGGUGUUGCACAUAUUUUUGCCUCAUUUAAUGAUACAUUCAUUCAUGUUACUGACUUGUCGGGAAGAGAAACGCUUGUUCGCAUCACAGGUGGUAUGAAGGUGAAAGCUGACAGGGAUGAAUCCUCUCCAUAUGCAGCCAUGCUUGCGGCACAAGAUGUUUCUCAACGAUGCAAGGAGCUUGGCAUAACUGCUCUUCAUAUCAAGCUCCGUGCUACUGGAGGGAACAAGACUAAAACGCCUGGUCCAGGUGCUCAGUCUGCACUAAGAGCCCUUGCCCGAUCAGGCAUGAAAAUUGGUCGCAUAGAGGAUGUGACACCAAUUCCCACUGACAGUACCCGCAGAAAAGGUGGCAGAAGGGGGAGAAGGUUGUGAUUUUUUGGCUCAAUUAUUUAAUUUGCUGCUGUUGUUACAGGGAUUUUUCCCCAUUGAUUAUAUGCAAGAAUGCUUAAUUUAGGUUAUUCUGACAAUUUUGAUUAACUGGAUCUAUAUUAAAGACUAGUAACUUCUUUUGUUGGUUCUGAAUUUAUGGUUUAAGGUAGUUCCUGUUCAGCAGCAAAUACCAUUGUAAUGGUUAUGUUGACAUUUAAAAUCAUUUCUAAAUUUUAAUAAUCUUGUUCGA